UGACACGUCUGAAGGUCCAAUUGGAGGGAAGAAUGAGAUGGAACGGUCAUAUUAUAUCGAUGCUGUUUUACGUGACAUUGUUAAAUUAUGUGGAGAAGAUGUUCAGAUAAAUCAACAAUAUAAUAUUGUUGGAUCACGUGUGGAUUUCGUUAUCAAGCAUACCAAUUUAAGAAAUAGAAAACGAAAAUUGGAAGAUCUUGAUGGAUAUGAUUAUGUUUAUGGAAUUGUCUUUACAGGCGACCAAUGGAUCUUUACAGUU